GUGGGGCGGGCUCAUAAGGCCUGACAGAGGCGGCGGGGAGGCUAGGCGCUGGGACCGGGUCUACUGGCGGCACGAUGGACCGAAAGAAAAAACCUUUGGACGUUACAGCCUCCUCGUUGGUAGAUCUUAAGGCUGAGCUCUUCCGAAAACAAGAAGAAUUCAAACAAGAAAAACUUCUAAAAGAUUCUGGAGUCUUUGGAAAACCAAAGACAACUAAUAAGAAGCCAAGUAUCUGGACCAAGCAGAAUGCUGGUGUUUCCAGUCGAGCAGAGAAGGAUGCAGAACAGAAGCUUGAAGAGCAGAAGACUUUAGACAAAGCAAGGGAAAAAUUGGAAGAAAAGGCCAAAUUAUAUGAAAAGAUGACUAAAGGAGACUUUCCAGAUGAGGAAAUGGAGGACAUGUACCUUGUGGAUUUCACACAGAAGAUCAUAGACAAGCGAAAGGAAAUGGAGGUGCUUGGUGCUACUAGAGAGUCUGGAAAUGCAGAAGAGAGAGAUGAUGAUGAAGAGUUUUCUGAAAAAGACAUACCUCCUCCCCAAGACCCCAGCGAGGAGUGGGUGGAUUACGUGGACUCUUUGGGUCGAUCCCGACGCUGCAUGAGAAAGGAUUUACCAGAUCUAUUGGAGAUGGAUAAAAAUCUUCAGGGAAGACUUUUCGUUAGUCCUGCUAAUGAAAAAACUUUAUUAUCUGAAGACAUGAGGAAAGAACUUCAGCGCCAGCAAUGGGAAGAAGAAGAAAGGGAGGCUCUGAAAAAGCCAAUGGGGCCUAUCCAUUAUGAAGACAUUAGGGAAAAUGAGGCCCGACAACUUGGUGUUGGGUAUUUUGCCUUUGCCAAAGACAAAGAAUUGAGAAACAAGCAAAUGAAAACUUUAGAGAUGCUUCGUGAACAGACAACAGAUCAGAGAAUAAAACGAGAAAACAUAAAGGAAAAGCGAAAGGCUAUGUUAGAAGCAAGACUUGCCAAACUUCGACAAAAAAAGAUUAAAAAAUCAAAGGAAGAUGGGACUGAAGAAGAAAAUAGAGGUGGAGAUGUUACUGUGCUUUUGCCAUCAGAACCAAAGGCUGUACCUGCUCCACCUCCGGUGGCCCCGAACAGCAAGGUCGAAGUCAUCAUCCAGGAGCGGAAGGACACCAAGCCUGGCGUGCCACACAUCCGAGAGUGGGACCGAGGAAAAGAAUUUUCUUUUGGGUACUGGUCGAAGAAGCAGUCAGAACUCCGGGCUGAACGAGAUCCUGAGUUUGCCCCACCAUCGAAUUACUUUGUGGGUCAAAAGAGAACUGGUGCUUUGAGUAGCCAGCCGUGGAGCAAGCCGGCACCGGCACCAAGCGACUCGGGGCACGGCUCUGGCUCGUCACACACAUCUGCUUCUGCCUCUGAAAGCCCACCACAGGCGUCCACAGUCACUUUCCAGACCCUAGAUGAUAUGAUAUCUUACUAUAAACAAGUCACAUGACCUUGAAAA